AUGAAAACCGAGUGGAACGAGAAAACCGGAAGUGAGAAAUAUGGUACCUUGUACGCCAAGCCAACAGUAUGGGAUCUCGAUUCUGUUCAUAAUUCUAUACCUGCAAAUCAUCAAACAUUACUCUAUUCGGAAAACACGAGCCUAGAGGAAUCAACACACCCUGAUUACUUCUUUCGAGCACUUUGGGACGACAUUUACGCGUUCCUUUUAUGGAAAAUCAUCGGUGAAUGGAAAGAGAACAUAGAAACUUUCAAGUCUACAAGUUGUUUAGGUGAGGAACUGUGCUUGAUUGUCUUUGGUGAGAUUGUUAGAGGAAUUGUAAACACUUCCAAGUCUACAUUCAUCGAACUGCAACAGAUUAAAAUCGACGAGAGUUCGAAUCACAACUUUGAGUGCGAUGAUAAAUUCUUAGAAACAGCGACAAUGUCGAUCAAGGAUGAUGUUUUGAAGAUUUUCCUAGCUGAUAUGAUCAAGGAACACCAGAAGGAAAUAUAUGCAUUUAGUCUUGAGAGUCUCAUCAAAGAAGAUAUUUUCCAAUUUGUUCUUGUUGAGUCAGUGAGACAAGGUUGCAUUCUAGACAAAACCGAUGACCGGACGAACCGAGAACAAAGUCCGCACAACUCAAUGAUCUCAGUCGAUAAUUUGACACAUAUCCUAGAUAGCCUAGUGAAGUUUUUCGAAUACGAAGAAACCGUGAUACAAACUGCCUAUUCCGAAACAAAACAACGGAGAACACAACGUCAACACGUUGCACCCGGAUUCGAGUUCACUCAACACGGCCAUUGUCCCGGAUUCUUUACCUACGACGAGAACAGUACUAAUUCGACAAGUAUCAAGCUUGAGAAAGCUUUGUUGCAAUUGCAUUAUGGCAAGGCAUUAUUGAGUGAGUUAGGGUCCGAGUUAGGCAUAACAUUAAACAAUUCAAAUUCACACAAUGCUACCAGAGAUUGCAGGAAACCCUCCAUUGAGGAAUCUCUUGAAGCCUUCAUUCGGGAUUCAUCGCAAACGUUGCGGAGUUUCGAGUUCAAAUCAUUUACGAGAUUAGGAAGGCAUGCCUCGAGGUUGGAUGAAAUGAAGGGUCAGCUAGAUAAAGUUGCCAAAAUCGCUAUCUCGCAUAUCCAAAAGGAAUCACUUUACAAGAAAGCUUUCAUUAGGAGAUGUGAGAAUCUACAAAUGGCUGAAGCUGAGGUGGAUCUUCUUGGUGAUCAAGUGGAACAUCUUAAAGAACUACUUAAGAAGAUCUAUGUGAAAAUUCAUCAACAUUCUCCCACAUUGCACCACUAUUUUGAGAUCUCGGAAAUAUUGAAGUUAAUAGAGAUAUUUAAUUUAUUAGUCGAGUAA